UUGGCGUCAUGUUCGAACACAUAAAUGUUAAAAAUUGACUUGAAAAAAAUUUCGUUAAAAUUCUACGUAUAGUUGUAAAAUAAACCAAGACUCUGCAGCAAUGCACGCAAACUGGGAUCAGCGCUGCGUGGGCUGUACGUGCAGCGAGGACUACGACCGCCAGCGAGAGCUAGCGAUGAGGCGCUCACUGUACUGGGCCCGCCGACUGCGACUGACCCCCUCCGAGGUGGAACGCCUGCCCGCCGAGGAGUUGGAGCGGCGCUUGCACGAGGUCCAAUUGAGCGAGAAUGCGGAGGAGGAGCGACGCCUGCAGUUCAAGCGAUGGCAGGAUAUCUCCGAGCUGCGCUGGCUGAUGUACGAGGAGCAGCGCAAGCAUAACGAGCGCUGUGGUGGACCAGGCGGCGUGUCCAUCUGGCGCAUAUUGGCCAAUGCGCAGCACGAACUGGAGGAGAAGUUGCAGAUGAAUAAGAUACGACGUGGCUGCUCCCGCUUCCCAUCUCCCAUGUGCGUCAUGGACGAAGCACGCAUCGAGGGUGGCAACAACAGUGUGUUGAAGCCCUUGCGCUCAGUGCUCAGCGGCUGUAGUGCCGAUGAAGAUGGUGGGCCAAUGCCAGGACAUAAGAAGCAGCGCGGCCAGCUCAUGCCGCCAAAGACGGAUAAGAAGCCGCCGAAGACUCGGACUCUAGCACAAACGCUGCUAAAGACGGGCACGUGUAGAAACCUGCUGCCGUGCACGUCCGAGUCGGAGUCAGAAAACAAUGAGUUGCAGUUGAAGGCAGCUGUAGAGGAGGAGGAGGCUAAGACGCCCACAGACGCGGCUGACGCGGACGAUGAGAAUGACGCGAGUGAAUGCGACAGCACGCACUAUUUACGGAAAUUUGAGUCCCUGCCCAAGAACUACUCGUCGCUGGGUGUGCAUGUGCCCGUAAACGGACUCCUGCAGUUAUCGGCUGAGGUGCCCGACAUGGCGCGCCUGGAGAAGAAAUACGAAAGGAUGACGUGCAUAUGUAGCUGCCACGGCAGCUGCCACUCCAUACUGCCCACGAUACCGAAAGCCUCACAUAGGUGUGCAAAUAUGCGACCCCAUCGGAUAUUCGAUACACCCGGCUAUGUCGAUCCAUUGUUACUGUAUGUCAAGGAGAAGUUUAACGUCGAUGCUCUGCACGACACGAACUCCUCCUCUAGUGCCGCCUCGUAUUGCAGUGCCCAGGAGCCGAUGUUUCCCUUUAGCUGUAACCCCUGUCCCUCCUAUCAUAAUAAUCAUAAUAGUGGAGCCCAUCAACCGCUGGCCUAUUGUCCGUUGUGCGAUGCCCGGCAUCUGAGGCUGCCGCAAAGUUUUUGAAAUAGCAUUGUCAAUAAACCGUAAUAAAGGCACAUACCACCACCACCACCA